AUGGCUCCGAAGAGAAGACCCGUUCCCCUAAAUAUCACGCCCAUUGGAGAGGGGCAGUCCAUCUCCACGAACAUCGAUGCUGCGUCUGAGUGAGUACUCAUGGGAUGGCUGAGGGCAUGUCUACUGUACUGAUAUUAGGGAAAUGCUGGCUCCGGGGACUGUAGAUGGACAAUUUAGUUCCAGGCCAAAACUAACCUAAGUAACACUAGCUUAACACACCUGAUUCAAACCAAUCACGGGCUCAGUGAUUAGUUGCUUCCGGUUACUGCUGGGCUAGAACAAAAAUGUGCAAAGAUGUGUUCCCAGGAAAGAAUAUGGUUGUUUAAUAUUCUACUGUGCCAUGUAUAUCUCCUUCUUAGAGCCAAUCUGGAGGCGUUACAGAAGAAGCUAGGAGAGCUAGAUUUGGACGAACAGCAGAGGAAACGUCUGGAGGCUUUCCUCACCCAGAAAGCCCAAGUGGGCGAGCUGAAGGAUGAUGAUUUCCACCCCAUAUGUGAGCUGGGCGCUGGCAACGGUGGAGUGGUCAACAAGGUCCGCCACAAACCCUCCAGACUGGUCAUGGCCCGGAAGGUGAGUCUAACCUUGUAUCUACUUUUGACAUUUUUCUCCAAACCCAGAGUUUUAGAUCUAUGCUACACUACUGAGACUGUUGAAAGAAACCAGGUCUACACACAAGUCUAAGUCGGUUUAUGACUCUGAAACUAAUAAGUUAUUCUAGAUGAGCAGUAGACCCUCUUAGGCCUCACUCCCCCCUAUCUGAGAUACCUACUGCAGCUCUCAUCCUCCACAUACAACACCCGUUCUGCCAGUCACAUUCUGUUAAAGGUCCCCAAAGCACACACAUCCCUGGGUCGCUCUUCUCUUCAGUUCGCUGCAGCUAGCGACUGGAACGAGCUGCAAAAAACACUCAAACUGGACAUCUCUUCAUUCAAAGACUCAAUCAUGGACGCUCUUACUGACAGUUGUGGCUGCUUCGCAUGAUGUAUUGUUGUCUCUACCUUCUUGCCUUUGUGCUGUUGUCUGUGCCCAAUAAUGUUUGUACCAUGUUUUGUGCUGCUACCAUGUUGUUGCUACCAUGUUGUUGUCAUGUGGGGUUGCUACCAUGCUGUGUUGUCAUGUGUUGCUGCCAUGCUAUGUUGUCUUAGGUCUCUCUUUAUGUAGUGUUGUGGUGUCUCUCUUGUCGUGAUGUGCGUUUUGUCCUAUAUUUUUAUUUUUAAUCCCAGCCCCUGUCCCUGCAGGAGGCCUUUUGGUAGGCCUUCAUUGUAAAUAAUAAUUUGUUCUUAACUGACUUAAGGUUAAAAAUAGAUUAUUCUGAUGUUGAUCUGAUCUCUUCUCCUCCACAGCUCAUCCACCUGGAGAUUAAGCCUGCCAUCAGGAACCAGAUCAUCAGAGAGCUGCAGGUGCUCCAUGAGUGUAACUCUCCCUACAUCGUGGGUUUCUACGGGGCCUUCUACAGCGAUGGCGAGAUCAGUAUCUGUAUGGAGCACAUGGUAAGAGUGAGAGAGACCAAGGUUUGAGUUGAGGGGGAGGGUCUGAUUUACCUCAGUCAUUGAACUAACUGUCCUGGAAUGAUGCAACGUGUUGGAAGACAAUGGGGGUCCAUGGCAAAAAGGCAGAUGUGUGAACAUUUGUGUGUGGUUUUAAGACUGCAAUGGUGCUUAUUAUAGGACCUGUGGGAUAACACUAGCAAACCAGUUGUAACUUUGUUUUAACAAGUUGAGAUGUUGCAAUAGUUGUUACGAUAUACCUUAAUCUUGUCAUGCACCUGGAGUUAUUGUGUAUUACAGUAUGACAAAACAAUACAAAAUGCUGACCAUGUACAGUAGCUGUGUGUGUCAGACAUUAAGCCGUGGCCUGUUGGGUACAGGAUGGAGGCUCUCUGGAUCAGGUACUGAAGGAAGCCAGGAGAAUCCCUGAGGAGAUCUUGGGCAAAGUCAGCAUAGCAGUGAGUAUUACACAACAAUGAAGAUUUUAAUGUAUUAUUUGUGCUUCAUUUAAUGGUACUUGUUUUAUUUUGUAGAUGUCUAGUUUUAUCUAGUUUUAUAGCAAAUUUUCUGCAAUUCUACGCAUAUUGCCAUAGGGUGGAGAGAAAUGUUUGCAGUUUUUUAAAUGCUGACCUGAGUGACUAACAAAAGCAAUUUAAACAAGUUUAGAUAGCUGGCCAUAAGACAAAUUACCAAUCUAAAAAGUUUUAGCUGACAAAGGUUAAUUGAGUGACUGACAUAACAAGAUAAAAACUACUGAUGCACAACCACAUUUUGAGGGGAAUUGAUCUGCGGGCCACAACAACUCCCUGCUCUAAACACAACAACUUCACAGUAUGUCACACCUGUGAUCAACUGCACUCUGGUUAAAGGCCCAAUGCAGCUGUUUUCAUGUCAUUAUAAAAUAAUUUCUGGGGAACAAUUAGUACAUUACUGUAAUAUUUUUUCAUUAAAAUUGUAAAAAAAAAUAUUAUUUAUCAAACAAACAUUUUGCUAGGAAUGUCUGGGAGUGGCCUGAAUGAGGGGCCUAAUAGGAGGGACAUAUAACCUGAAAACUAUCUGCUAUUGGCAGAGAGGUUUGGAACUCACUUUGUGGUCUAUUAAUUAAUACCGCCAGGCAAGCCAAAACUCCACCCAUGCAAACCCUGCUUAUUAGAAGUUCCUGUGUAAAUUGUAUUUUCAGGAAAUAACACUCAUACAUUUUUUUUCUCUCACUUUUACAGUGUUAGUUUCACCAGUUGUUGUAGAAUAUGAUAGGAAAAACAGAAUUUGGACUGCACUGGGCCUUUUGGAAGGAGUUUCUUAUUGUUUCUCAAUAGACUGCUUUUUCUCCUGUCAUUGUGAUAAUCAGGAGUCACAGGAAGCUCGACAUGCAAGACCUCACUGUUCACACUGUGUGUUUUUGAUGUGAUAUCCUGAAUGGAUGUAACUAUGGACCCAGGCAGGGUGAAACAUCUCAGAGCUGGUCUUUGUGUAUGAUUUCAGGACCAGGAAGUGUGGAUGACGAUGUGUUGUGUUAAAUAAAAUGUUUGCAUCUCACUUUUAAAGGUACUCAGAGGACUUGCCUAUCUGCGGGAGAAGCACCAGAUCAUGCACAGAGGUAAGAGACAUCUCUCCAUAUAGAAUGUAUGUGUUUUUGUGCAUAUUAACGAUAUGAUUUGAGACCCUGGGUAGUGUUUUAUUUGGAUGUAUUGAAUUAGUGUGAGGUCUAUAGUGUAUUUGGGUGUAUCUGGAGAUGAGGGGAUGUACUGUAAAAAAUAAAUUAAAAAAAACCUGUUGUCUUUAAGGUUUUGCUGUCUAGUGUUGUUCUGGAGCUGAGGGCGGUGGUGAAGUGUUUUGAGCCGAGUGUUUUUUUUAUUUUAGUUGAGGGCCCUGAUGUAUAUGGAGCCGAUGGGGUGGGCUCUGGUGUGUUGGGGUGUAGUUGAAGGCGGAGCUGAGGGCCAUGGUGUAUGUUAGUGUUUUGGGCUGUGGGGUUGUUAGGCAGCAGAGCUGAAGCAGAGCAGAGCUGUCUAGGAGCCCAGUCGGUAAUUACAGGCUCUCCAGUGUGAUUACAUGGCAGCCACGCCCUGCAGUCCCCUCUCUCUGUCACGCCACCUCUCAUACUUGCCCCUCUGUCUGCUCUGAAGUGGGAGGGGUCACCACAGAGGAUGGAUAGCAGGUCUACUACACCCCAUUAUUGAGAAUUUUUCCAGACUAGAGGGAUUGAGGAGGAUUUGGCUUGUUUGUAUGGUCUCAACUGUAAAUGUUGCGGUCAGUGCUAGCUAGCAGAAUCAGUGGCUUUGUGAAAUGUGUCAGUGGUGAGGUGUCUGGCAUGGGACAGGGACAGGGACAGGGAGACAUGGGGAAGGCGCAGCUAGGGCUGCUGGGUCUGGGCCCCCGGCCCUCUCGCUCUGACACCUCAACUGUCCUCCCUGCUCUGCCACACAGACGUCAAGCCCUCCAACAUCCUGGUGAACUCACGCGGGGAGAUCAAGCUGUGUGACUUUGGCGUGAGUGGCCAGCUCAUCGACUCCAUGGCCAACUCCUUCGUGGGAACGCGCUCCUACAUGUCGGUGAGUCAGCUCUCCCUCCCCUGCCCAGGCCGCCCUGCCAAGAGCCGAGGCCGUACCCAGUAGAGGGCUGUGUGGCACGGAGGCAGCCGCUGCCAGCCCUGUCCCCUUCCCUCAGACACCUGGAGGGAGUGAUGCACAGAGCCGCCCGCCCUGCCUGCCCAUUUGGCCCACUCUGGGUGUGACGUACGUGUGUUUUCCUCAACAGCCGGAGAGACUGCAGGGCACACACUACUCUGUGCAGUCGGACGUGUGGAGCAUGGGCCUGUCCCUGGUGGAGCUGGCCAUCGGCCGCUACCCCAUCCCCCCGCCUGACGCCAAGGAGCUGGAAGCUAUCUUUGGCCGGCCUGUACAGGACGGAGCCGAGGGGGAACCACACGCCCCCUCCAACCGCCUCCCCAGACCACCAGGAGGACGACCAGUCAGCGGUUAGAACACACCUGAAGCCCUUUCUUCUCACGCAAUAUUACGACACAGUAAUAAUAUAAGUGCUUUUCAAACAGAUUUAUUUUUGCUUUUCAAUAAAAGGUAUCCUGGAAGCAAAACAAAAUAUAUAUAUUUUUGAAUGUUUUAUUUUAUUUACGAUUUCUACAUUUCUCUCCAUAUUCUCCUCUUCCUCAGGACAUGGGCUGGACAGUCGACCUGCCAUGGCUAUAUUUGAGCUGCUGGACUACAUUGUCAAUGAGGUCAGAUGAACUGCUGACUCCACAUAUUAUUCUCCUUAUUACACGUUCUCCUUGUCCGUGUGCUCUGGUCAUUUUAAAUGAGUUUUGUUCUCUUGCAUACCUUCUCCUCAUUCCCAGCCUCCUCCCAGGCUUCCACUCGGUGUCUUCACCAACGAUUUCCAGGAGUUUGUGACAAAAUGGUGAGCCCAAGCAUUCAUCAUAUAAGAAUACUGCCCAUUACCUCAGCACCUUUUAUUGUCAGCAUUCAGACAGAAUCCCCAGUUGGUUUACUAUGACUGUUUGGUGGCUGUGUGUGGGCUCUCCACACACCUUGUGAAUUGCAUCCACUAGGCAGAGCCUAGAGCAAUGUGGCACAAACUUAGAUUCAAACGUCAUUUUCUCAUCUCUAGAGAAAUUACUUUAUAUUCGGUCAAGUCAGCAAAAUGAGAAGGUGCUUAUUGUGAUUUCCUGUGCUGCUAACCUACUCCAAGAACUUCUGGAGGGAUUAGAGACAAACAUAUUUCAUAGUGGAGAAAGCUUUCCUUUUAUUUCUCUAUGCGGGGUUUUCUAAUGAUUUCUUGGGAGUCAUGGAGGUUAUCAACUGUUUGUGUUAAUAGUCUGAUCAAGAAUCCAGCGGAGAGAGCUGACCUGAAGAUGCUGAUGGUGAGUAGCUAGCAACUGUUAUCGCCAUUGACUGUUACUUGAAGUGCAUCUACAGUUGAAGUGGGAAGUUUACAUACACCUUAGCCAAAUACAUUUCAACUCAGUUCUUCACAAUUCCUGACAUUUAAUCCUAGUAAAAAUUCCCUGUUUUAGGUCAGUUAGGAUCACCACUUUAUUUUAAGAAUGUGAAAUGUCAGAAUAAUAGCAGAGAGAGUGAUUUAUUUCAGCUUUUAUUUAUUUAAUCACAUUCCCAAUGGGUCAGAAGUUUACAUUCAAUUGUUUAACUUGGGUCAAACGUUUCGGGUAGCCUUCCACAAGCUUCCCAUAAUAAUUUGGGUGAAUUUUGGCCCAUUCCUCCUGACAGAGCUGGUGUAACUGAGUCAGGUUUGUAGGCCUCCUUGCUCGCACAUGCUUUUUCAGUUCUGCCCACAAAUUUUCUAUAGGAUUGAGGUCAGGGCUUUGUGAUGACCACUCCAAUACCUUGACUUUGUUGUCCAUAAGCCAUUUUGUCACAACUUUGGAAAUAUGCUUGGGGUCAUUGUCCAUUUGGAAGACCCAUUUGCGACCAAGCUUUAACUUCCUGACUGAUGUCUUGAGAUGUUGCUUCAAUAUAGCCACAUUAUUUUCCUUCCUCAUUAUGCCAUCUAUUUUGUGAAGUGCACCAGUCCCUUCUGCAGCAAAGCACCCCCACAGCAUGAUGCUGCCACCCCCGUGCUUCACGGUUGGGAUGGUGUUCUUCGGCUUGCAAGCAUCCCACUUUUUCCUCCAAACAUAUCGAUGGUCAUUAUGGCCAAACAGAUGUAUUUUUGUUUCAUCAGACCAGAGGACAUUUCUCCAAAAUGUACGAUCUCUGUCCCCAUGUGCAGUUACAAACCGUAGUCUGGCUUUUUUAUGGCAGUUUUGGAGCAGUGCCUUCUUCCUUGCUUACCGGCCUUUCAGGUUAUGUCGAUAUAGGACUAAUUUUACUGUGGAUAUAGAUACGUUUGUACUUCUUUCCUCCAGCAUCUUCACAAGGUCCUUUGCUGUUGUUCUGGGAUUGAUUUGCAUUUUUCGCACCAAAGUACAUUCAUCUCUAGGAGACAGGACGCGUCUCCUUCCUGAGCGGUGACGGCUGCGUGGUCCCAUGGUGUUUAUACCUGCAUACUAUUGUUUAUACAGAUGAACGUGGUACCUUCAGGCGUUUGGAAAUUGCUCCCAAGGAUGAACCAGACUUGUGGAGGUCUACAAUUUGUUAUCUGAGGUCUUGGCUGAUUUCUUUUGAUUUCCCCAUGAUGUCAAGCAAAGAGGCACUGAGUUUGAAGGUAGGCCUUGAAAUACAUUCACAGGUACACUUCCAAUUGACCCAAAUGAUGUCAAUUAGCCUAUCAGAAGCUUCUAAAGCCAUGACAUCAUUGUCUGCAAUUUUCCAAGCUGUUUAAAGGCACAGUCAACUUAGUGUAUGUAAACUUCUCACCCACUGGAAUUGUGAUACAGUGAAAUAAUCUGUCUGUAAACAAUUGUUGGAAAAAGUACUUGUGUCAUGCACAAAGUAGAUGUCCUAACCAACUUGCCAAAACUAUAGUUUGUUAACAAGAAAUUUGUGGAGAGGUUGAAAAAUGAGUUUUAAUGACUCCAACCUAAGUGUAUGUAAACUUCUGACUUCAACUGUAUGUAGUUGGACAGUUUAGCUAUGUUAGUUAAUUGAGGUUUACAAACACUUUUUUUUUGUUUGCAAAUUGGCUCAGGGGUCGUAUUAGCGUUCAGAAAUCUGCGUUUUCAAAACGCAGACAUUCAAAAAAUAUGCGUUUUAAACCCUUUCACCUGCGUUUUAUAUUGAAAGUCAACUUUUUUUUUUUUCUUCAAUAAAGUGAUCAGGGGCGUGCAACUACAGUUUUCCUUCACACAAAAUGCAACACAUUCGGCAGAAAAUUGCUUCAUUUUCAUGAGAUGACCAUGGCCAUCAUAUCUAAUGUUUAUCAUAGAAAGAAUGUAGCCAGCUACAUUUCCUAAUGUUUUGCUUUAAGUUAAUCUUCCAUUUUACCAGAGAAAAGUACAAAGAGAAAAGUACUGGAUAAAAGUAGCUUCACAUCAGUCAGAGCACUGUCUGCUGAUGGAAUGCCUGUUCGUGAAUGUGGGGAUUUGAUUGGUCUGAUGUAUCUGAAGCCAAGCAGAAAUUACAAUAAGAAGAAUUUAAGAUCUGCGUUGAUAAAACGCAGCAAUAUGUUUCUUAUGCGUUUUAUCACAUUUCUUCUGUGUGGAAAAACGCCAAAUUCUGCGUUAAAGUGACCACUGUGGCUAUGUUCCCUACUGUACAUGCCCUUUCGAUAUUAGCCAUGAACUAAUUAUAAUGUAUUCAUUAACUUGCGUUUGUUAUUUGUUUAGAACCACACGUUUAUCAAGCGUGCUGAGGUGGAGGAGGUGGACUUUGCUGGCUGGAUGUGUAAAACCAUGGGCCUCAACCAACCCAGCACCCCCACCCGCGUCACAGAAUGA